UAUCACUCUCGGAAACAUCGCCCGUUUCGACGAUGUAGCGGCUAUAUGGCAUGUCAUGCACAGUGCCGCCGCUGCAACUAUCAUCCUCGGAAGCAUCACUCAAUUGGAAUUUGGAGCAAAGGCCAUCACUUAGCUGAUUAGUUUCGAGUGAUUGUUGUCGUCUAUAUACAUCUUUGCGCUGCGUAUUGCCAAUGUGACCUCAUCAUCUCAUUCUGACCUGAUCUGUCCAAUCAGAGCACCAAAAUCGAUUCAACAUCAUUGCCGUUUACAAAAUGUAAGAGUCCUCAAAACAACAGAGAGAAAAAUGGACAUGAAUAAUCAGAUGUACCGGCCCAAAAAUUACUAUGCGUCAAGCAAGCUUUCCAUGAACGACGGCAGUUCGAGCGGCUCUGUUCCGCCCCAUGUGUCCGGGAUGCUCUCUAGAGAACAGGCUUGUGAAGCUCUGUUGCACCCGAAGGAGCGUCUAUGUAUGGGUCCAUUCUCGUCCUGGGAUGACUCUGGUCUUCUUGGGACAAUUUUAACAGCGUGAGAGCAGGAAGGCAGAACAGAACGACUGCCCCCACCGAAUUCAAGUUUUAACCCACGUGAAUCCUUU